UUGGGCACGCACUGGUGUGAGAUGAGAUCACCCUUACUGAACGGAUUUGAUUAGACAUUUUUGUUUAUUUAAUAACGUCGAGCCUGCAUCAAUAUCUUCAGUCUUUGAUCUCGUUUGAUCACGAAACACUGACCACAUGUUGACAAGAUCGCACGGACCAGAGGCAGCUUUUGAGGGACUCUUGAUCUGGCUAAGUGGACAGAGUGAUCAUUUAAAGGGAAUCUCCUGUUCGACUCAUCUGAUACAGUGACUUCUCCAGAUCUCGGGACCUUCUAGUAAAGUGAAGGAUGAAUCACUUGUCUUUGAGUGAGCUAUGUGGCCUUUUCUGCUGUCCGCCGUGCCCGAGCAGAAUAGCUUCCAAGCUGGCCUUCCUUCCACCGGAGCCCACCUACACAAUGAUGUGUGAUGAGAGCGGCAGCCGCUGGACCCUCCAUCUUUCUGAGCGUGCGGAUUGGCAGUACUCUGUCCGGGAGAAGGACGCCAUUGAGUGCUUCAUGACCCGGACAUCUAGAGGGAACCGAAUCGCUUGUAUGUUUGUGAGAUGCUCUCCCAACGCUCGCUACACCUUAUUGUUUUCCCAUGGUAAUGCUGUUGACUUGGGUCAGAUGAGUAGCUUCUACAUCGGCUUGGGCUCCCGCAUCAACUGUAACGUGUUCUCCUACGACUACUCUGGAUACGGGGCAAGCUCUGGGAAGCCUUCGGAGAAGAAUUUGUAUGCUGAUGUGGACGCUGCCUGGCAUGCACUACGAACAAGGUAUGGAAUCAGGCCAGAGAAUGUGAUCAUUUAUGGCCAGAGCAUCGGUACGGUCCCUUCAGUGGAUCUGGCCUCUCGGUAUGAGAGCGCUGCUGUCAUCCUUCACUCCCCUCUGACCUCAGGCAUGCGGGUGGCUUUUCCUGAUACCAAGAAGACGUACUGCUUCGAUGCAUUCCCCAACAUUGAUAAAAUCUCUAAAGUCACCUCUCCGGUGCUGGUGAUCCAUGGUACGGAGGAUGAGGUGAUUGAUUUCUCUCAUGGGCUGGCCCUGUACGAACGUUGCCAGCGGCCGGUGGAGCCGCUGUGGGUGGAGGGUGCGGGACACAAUGACGUAGAGCUGUAUGGACAGUACCUGGAGCGCUUGAAACAGUUUGUGGCUCACGAACUUGUAAACCUUUAGAUGGACCUCAAGAUCAGGACUCACCUUACUUGAUGAACAUACCCCUGGUACCC